AUGGCUCGGUGGAGCUUCCUCUUGCUAGCCCUCCUCUGCGCCGCCGUCCUCCCAACACCAACCACCUCCAAGUACGUCGGGAAGCCCUUCGUCGUCCGCGGCCGCGUGUACUGCGACACCUGCCGCUGCGGCUUCGAGACCAACAAGACCACGUACAUCCCUGGUGCGAUGGUGGCGAUCAAGUGCUUCGACAGGAAGACGAUGAACCUCCAGUACAGCGACACGGCCGUGACGGACAGGCACGGGAGCUACGAGAUCGCGGUGCAGGACGACCACGAGGACCAGCUGUGCCGGACGGUGCUGGUGAGCAGCCCCUGGGGAUACUGCAAGGUCCCCGACGAGGGCCGCCGCAGGUCGGAGGUGAUAUUGACCCGGUCCAACGGGGCAGUCUCCAACCUCCACUUCGCCAAUGCCAUGGGGUUCGUCAAGGAAGAGGCCGAGGAAGGUUGCAAGGAGCUCGUCCACCACCUCCUUUACGCCGACGUUUGA